UUCUAAUUUUUCAUCAUUUGUGGGACACGUUCUCCUCGUAAAGACAACGUUAACGGUUAAGAAAUUUUUACAAGUUUGUUGUUGCGAUGGGCAAAGGAGAGGUGAUAUUUCAACGAAGCCUAACACGCGUCGCUACCACAUCUAAAGACAAAGAGUUUUCAGUCGUGUCCUACAAUAUACUUUGUGAUGAUGUAUUUGAGAAAAAUCCGAACUUGUAUUCGUAUCUUGCUGUGGAUGUAAAAUGUCGUGGUCCAUUACCAAACGAUAGUCCCAGACAUACACAACUUAUUAAAGAGCUGCAUUGGUUAGACGCAGACGUUAUCUGUCUUCAAGAGGUCGACCCGUUUUAUUUCCCAUGCCUGUUACAAGAACUAGCCCCGAAAGGCUACGACGGAAGAUUUCAACAGCACACUACACAAGGCGAUGGCUUGGCGAUAUUUUUCAAAACUCGAAAGUUCGAGUUAGUGGAUUAUAGAAAAGUCGGCUUCAAUGAAGUCCUUGGCAAAACAAUAGAUCUUGAUAAAUUAGCCAACGGGAACAAGCACAACCAACGAUUUGCGCAGUACACUACUCUCCGUGAUAUUAAAUCACAAAAAGAAAUGGUUGUAGUAAAUGUUCACUUGACAUUCAAUUUCUGGCGCGAACCAGAUGUUCACGCAGCGCAAGCAUCCGUCUUUUUCCGACAACUUUACGAGUUAUUGCCGAACAAAGCCAAACACAGUACGCCAUGGGUUGUCUGCGGUGACUUUAAUAUGCAACCUCAUUUCCCCAUAUACAGACUGAUAAAAAAUGGUUGCUUAUCAGAGUUGGAUGCGAGAAAAUUACGAUCAGGAGAAUAUAAAUAUCCGGAGAUAACAGAAAAUAUCACGACGACAAAACACGACAGAGCCUUAGAAAGAGACGAAGAUGUACACGAAAUGUUAUUGAAAGAACUCAAGCAUCCAUUUAAAUCUUCAAGCAGUGCAUAUAAAGCAGUGCGGGGUUGCGAGCCAAAAUUCACUCAUUACGAAUGUGAUGAUGUUUUUCCAAGCGUUUUUCAUUUCGAUAAAAUGAUCGAUACUCUAGAUUACAUUUGGUUCUCAUCUGACCUACUUCGGGCCAACGCUGUUCUGGAAAUAGUGGACGAGGAGUUGAUUAAACCUUUUUGCGCAUGCCCAAACAUGCACUUUCCGUCUGAUCAUUUAUCGUUGAAGGCCGUCUUUCAGUUCAUUGAUAACGACAACGAUUCUGCCUACAGCAGUGAAGAGUCAUAGUUUUUUUUUGUUAUAAAUUGGCUCCAAAUCGACUUUGUAAAUAAGUAUUUUGUAUUUAUUUUAUUUAUAAUAAAUGGGUAAUAUUAUAGA